UUCCGUUUGAACAUCGGUGAAACGUCAGUUACCUCGCGACGAUCCUUCCGCGAGGACUUUAUCCGAUCGCGCUCGGUUAAUCUCGGUUCGGAUAAUCUCUCAUUACGUUGCGUCGCCUGUUUGUAAUCAGUUUUUCCGGUUCAUUUAGAAUGUAAAUUGUUCAGUAUCAGCCUCGGCUCCAGGUUGAGGCUACGGUCUCAUAUGGAUUAGAACGUUCGGUCAUCCCUCUGGCUCGCGGUGUGCCGGAGGUUUGCGGCAAUUGGCACGAUGUCAGAGGCAACGGCGACGCGGAGGGAAAUGUGAGAGAGGUGAGUGACGUCGUUGCCAACGGUCAUCAUCAGAUGUCGUCUCGGCCGCGAUUCAUUCGCGCUCGUUCGUGCCCGCCUGUGCUGUUGAUGAUACGCUCGUCGUCGUCGUCGUCACCGGCGCGACGAGUUAACGUCAGCAAAAUCCGAUCGAUUCCGUCGGUCUUUGCGAAUCGGAUACGAUGUUUAUAUGUGACCCUGGUGCAAGCGCGAUAACCGCUAUCGAUCACCAAAGUCCCGUUCGCGAGUGCUCGCAGUGAUUCUUCACGCGACAGAUAUAACAUAUUGCCGAUCGACGCACCUUGCAGUCUCAAAUACUCGUGUCGGACUUUUGAAUCUGAAAAAUACUCAAAAUAUUGUUGAUACGUUCGGUAGAUUCGGUCACCGAUCAUGACAAUCCGAUGUGCGACGUGAAGCUGGUUUAAAUUGACCGAGGAGAUCGCGAGUGUGUCACGAUAACGACCUUACCGGAACGAGGAUCGGAAUGGCGUUAUUCCCAGGGGGUGGUGGUGGCGGCGGCAGUGGGCCGCCCAUCAGGCCGGAAGAUCCUGCCGUCCCUUCCAGGCAACGGAGUCUCAAGGAUCGGCUGCGAGAAGGUAUCACCGGCGGAUUCGCUUGGCAGAGCAAAAGCCGCAGCGUGGAUCAUGGAUUUACGGCACCCUUCGAUUUGGAUUCUUUGCGGAACAAGGUCGAAGGACGCUUCGAAUCUGUGGAUAAGCUCUCGAAAGACUCCGAUAACGAGAGCAGAGAUGGUUCCACGACGCAGGAGAAGAAGCACGGUCGCGUCUCGCAGCCCAUUAACACCAUUGCGUACACGGUGGGUGACAGGGACACACUCACGUCGGUGGCGGCGCGAUUCGAUACGACGCCGUCCGAGCUGAGCAAAUUGAACAGGCUCGGAAGUACUUUCAUUUAUUCCGGCCAACAACUGUGGGUGCCGGCCAAAGGAGAAGGACGACCGGGAGGCGGAUCGACCACCGAUGCUCCUAGUCCUGAUCCUUGCCACGACCACGAGUCCCAGGAUGACCUACCACCCGAGGAAAAAGAACUCUUGGACAACCUGAGACCAGUGUCGCCAAAGCCGGGCCACAUGGAGCGUAUAAAAACACCUCUCGGAACUUCCGGUGCAGCUACGGAUGAAGAUGAACAGCCGUUUAGAGAAAGAUUCCUAAAGAUUAAUGUCAGGCAUAUUACGGAUGGUCAGGGCGUAGUUGGCGGUGUACUGCUAGUCACGCCAAAUGCAGUCAUGUUCGAUCCGAACGUGUCCGAUCCUCUCGUCAUCGAGCACGGUGCGGAAUCUUACGGGGUGAUCGCUCCGAUGGAGUUUGUGAUCAAUGCCGCGAUUUAUUACGACAUCGCUCACAUGAGAGUCUCCCACGCCGAAUCCGGUACACUGGACAAGAAGCCUGAGAUCUACUACAUGAAGAAGCCCCAAGCGGAUAGUCAUAAAUGUCAAUCUCCGGGCAAGGACGAGAAUUUCCCUGAAUUGGCGGGCGACGACAGCGAGAGCGUAUGCAGCUGCGCCGAGAGAGACGGCGACGCUUUUCCGAAGGCCUUUGAGCGAGAGCUCGUCACUCCCACCAAUCUCCAAAGCGAGGAGAAUUUAACCUCGACCAAAGACAAAGAGAAGGAGAAGGACAAUGGCGACAAAGAAAUUUGCGGUGGCGGCCAGGCUAGUAGAACGUUGGAGGAACGCAGGCGUUCCAUGCUUGAUCAUCAUUGGGCAGUUCCUAGCAAAGAUCGCGGCACAUUCUCCGUGGAUGAUGAGCAGCAGGAUUCGCUGAAUUCUGAUAAGCAGACGGAGCCAGCUAAAUCAAAUGCCAUACCCGAGGACGAAGAGGGAUCUCUAGUCAAAUUGUCGUGCCAUGAUUCCGGUAUCGAUAUCCGCGAUCCCAAUCCAGCUGUCCCGGUAGUUCAGCCUAUGCCAUCGAAAAAAGUGUACUCGGACGCGGACAUUGUCUUAUCCUCGGAUUGGGUGCCCCCGAUAACGAUAGCGCCAACGAAUAUCACGACUACGCUGGAGACUACCGGUUCUGCUUCUAUUAACGGCAGGAAGAAAGCUAGCUCGGUGUCCUUUAGCUUGGAGAGGAACGCCGAAGAAGCUGAGAAAGAUGAGGAACACAAGGACGAUGACAAACAAGAAACUCGACGGAACAAGAUGCUAAAACGUCUGUCAUAUCCGUUGUCCUGGAUGGAGGGUCUAACCGGAGAGAAGGAGGACGAGAGCAAAUCCAUCUCUGAUAAGGUGCCGAGCCUUCCGAACAGCGCGGAUUCGCAUCACUCCUCCGUUUUCAGCAAAGUUUUCUCAAGCUCGCCGAUCAACCUGGUGAGUGACUUUAGCUCGGGCCUGUUUGCUAAAACUCCCAGCGAAGAGAGUGGCGGGGGCGGUAGAGCGAGCGGAACACCACCGCUUACCGCCUCCUCUCUCUCCCAGGACUCCAGCAAUUUCUCACCUGGUCCAGGAGGCCUCAUUGGACGCUCUUCCGUCGGCACCUUCAUCAGGCAGCAACCCUUGACGUCCUCCGGCAGCAGCAGCGUCGACAGCAGUCGGGGUAGCAAAACCUCGGCGGCGCCACCGCGAUUGGAUUAUCGCAGUAUGGUCUCGGUCGACGAUAUGCCGGAAUUGUUUGUGAGUUUCGACAUCCAAGCACCUAAUUUUCCCGAACUCGAAGGUCUCGAACUGAUCCCACGACCUGCACGUUCUUGCGAGGACCCGCCGCUCUAUCUGAGGCUGCGAACCGGCAGACCAAAGGAUAAGAAGAUACCGCGAUCGACGCCAAUUAUGAGCUACGGCAAGAAGAAGCUGCGUCCCGAAUACUGGUUCAGCGUGCCGCGCAACAGAGUGGAUGACCUGUACAGGUUCAUUCACGCCUGGGUGCCGAGCCUUUAUGGCGAGCUGGAUGAGAAUUACUGGCGAGAACGUGGCUACAUCCUCUUCGACACUGACACCGAUCUAUCACCUGAACUUUCUCCCCACGAGAGCACCGAGGGUGCGGAUACCACGGAGGAGGGUAAAUCUCGCGAGGGAGGCGACGAUAUCACCGAUUUGACGAGGGAAUCCUGGGAGCUGAUCAAGGCCCCCUACGUAAAGCUCUACAGCAUCCUGAAGACGUCGAGCACGUCGGCCGAUUCCGAGCAGAUCCACGAUUCGGAGGUACUGUCUAUGAGCGAGGAGUUUAGGCGAGCUCUCUACGCGAACAGUGCCGUUUCACUGGACAACGACAUUAUCGUGCCCGAUCUCAUCGGCACGACAGAGAUAUUGAGUGACGAGCACAGGGAACAACUCUGCCGUCACCUACCUGCGAGGGCGGAAGGCUACCAAUGGACCCUCGUGUUCAGCACCAGUCAGCAUGGCUUCAGCCUCAAUAGCAUGUAUCGAAAAAUGGCAAAGGUCGAGAGUCCGAUCCUGCUAGUCAUCGAGGACACGGAGGGCAACGUGUUCGGUGCGCUGACGUCUUGCUCGCUGCACGUGAGCGAUCACUUUUACGGUACCGGUGAGUCGCUGCUCUUCAGGUUUACGCCGAGGUUCCAAUCCUAUAACUGGACCGGCGACAACCUGUAUUUCAUCAAGGGCAAUAACGAGAGCUUGGCGAUCGGUGCCGGAGAUGGCAAGUUCGGGCUUUGGCUGGACGGUGAUCUCUACCAAGGCAGGACGCAAUCCUGCAGUACAUACGGCAACGAGCCGUUGGCGCCGCGUGAGGACUUCGUCGUCAAGACGCUGGAGUGUUGGGCGUUCAUAUAGGACACGGCCUCGUAUCCCCAGCCCGCAACUCCUUCGCCCUCACCGCAGCCUAAUUUGACCUGAGCUUGUGAGUCUCAUGAAGGUUUCGUCCCCCGCCAAGAGAGAUUAUAGGAAGACUAAUGAUUCUGAGAGACAUUACCAGAGAAGUUGAGUCGGUCUCAUUGUCACUGCGACACGGAUUGGCUCGAUUGCAUUUGGGGAAACUCCACUCAGUGCUAGAUUUUAGGGUGAUUCUUCCAGAAGGAAGAAGUGGAUCGUCAGUGUCUGCACGAAGGGACAACGAUGACAUUGCCUCAAGAUGGCGAAUCGACGAGAAGCAACCUCGAAAGGGAUGCGCACGAUAAAAACAGAAAAGUCCAAAGUUACGCUAACGCGUAACGCGCGGCAGAAUAACGCGCAUUUGCAUAUCGCGUAGCUGCUAAUUAUCAUUAAUUGCCUCCCCCCCCCCAAAAAAAAUAUCCUCCCCCGACUUUUUUUAAGUUGGCGUAUUUAUUUUAUUUCUUUUUUUUAUAUCUUUUGUCGAAGAAACAUUAAUCGUUGUAAUUAAUAUUUGAUUUGCAAUUUAUUGCUAGUUAAGAAUCGAAAAGUUAUGUUUACUCUGUAUAAGAUAAUUAUUUCGAACUAGUCGUGAAUUUAUGACAUAUUCAACGCCGUUAUAAAGGUAACGAUGAUGAUGAUGGUAAUGCAAAUGAUUAUAAUAGUAAUAAUACCGAUGGUGAUAACAGGAUGAAAGUGUGAGUGAUUGGGAAUGAUGUGGAUGGUACGUGCGAGAGAGAGAGGCGAGAUAAUGUUUAGGAAGAGAACGAUUUAUGAUUCAACAAGACGAAGAUGCUAAACUAACAGUUGUUGAUGUGUAGAUAAUGUAGAUAGUAAAUGUAAAUAUAUAUAUAUGCAUAUAUAUAUAUAUACAUAUAUAAAAACACACAACACUAUGAUCGUGUUGCAAUGAUUAAUUUUAACGGUACAAGUAGAGAAAACUGCGGAACACCGUGUAGCUCAUCAUGUAUAAUCCAGAAAGAAACGUUUAUUAACACGAGGAACAUACACGACACGCAUAUAUAUAUAUAUAUAUAUACAUAUUACACGUGCAUGUUACAUGCAUACACAUAAGGGUUGGUGCACAGAUUACAGAGGGAAGCGUGCUCUCACGCGGCCGAAUAGAAUGAUCCAUGAUCUGAGAGAAACAAGUAGCUUUUAGGGAAAGAGAUACCUCGUAAACUGACCUUACGAAUUACGAUUACGGGAGAAACGAGGAAGGAAGAAGAUCGGACGAGACGAAGUUCGACGAUGUGCUCGAACUGGACCGACGUUUUUUUUUUCGUGAAGCGUAUUCGUGAAUCUUGUCGUCAGCAAUCAAUAAAUGUGCUUUGGAGUCACGAGUGAUCACAACGAACACACAUGCCUGUGCCUGCUUCGCUCUCUUUGUCUCCCUCCGCCAAGCGUGUACGCGCGAUGUGAAGCGAGCGUGAACCCGACCCACUUUACUCAUUGGCGUACGAGAUCAUCGCUACCCGAUGCAAGAGGAUCGAUCACUCUGCCUAGCAUAUCGAACAGGCGUAGAAUCGUCGUGUUACACCCGCUCGUUCCGGCGCUCUUUCGAACCCAGUACAACUUUGUACGACUGUAUACACGCAAUUACAUACUGUCCGAGCUUAUAAUCUCCAUCGCGAGGAACUGCGCGAGUGUCGUCAAAGUAACCGAGCGCGCGUUACUCGUCUAUCUCCUCUUAGCGCGCCUCGACGAUCUCCAGCGAGAGAACAAAAUUUUUUACCGGCGCAAAGAGGGAAAAAACACGCGCAAGAACAUAAUGCCGCGCAUUGUGUCGUGUCGUGUUGCCUCGGUAUCGCGUGAGAGAUUGGACAAAUGACUCUUUCUAACAUGGAAUACGAGCAUUGUGCCGAGUCCGCAAUCAUUUGAGAAUAUCCACUUUGGUGCGUGUCACUGACCCCGCGACGUCGCGACAACUUUUAGAACGGAAUCACAUGUUUUAUACCACGUAGAUCUUACAACAACAACAACAACAACAACGCCGCUGUAUCUCUCUUUCUCUCUCUCUUUUCUCUGUAUAAUUGAUACAAUUUGUACUCUGCGACCACGCGUUGUAUCGUUUCUAUAUAUGACUUCAGAGAUCUUCGUAAUCUUAAAUGAAGGCGUCCUUCCAUUGAUCGAUCACCGGUCGAUCAUAGGGACACACGAUGACCAAGAGUGCUUAUUAUUACUAACACGUGAGCACAAAUAAAACACACGCAGAAAACUAAACCUAUCUUUAUCCAUUUCUCUCUCUCUCUCUUUCUCUUUUUUUCAUUCUGAAAUACGCAUACACACACUUCCUCUUUCUCUUCUUUUUUUCCCAUGCACACACAUACAAUGUACUAACAUAGACACCAUCGGAAAACGUUCGAAAGACUGAGCGGCCGAUCCGAGAGAUUCCGAGAAGGAGGAGACCCAAGUGUUCGCGCACUGGUUACAAGACGCACCAAAAACAGGAAAGAAUCCGGGAAGCACGUGAUCGAAGCCGCCGAUUGGGCGAUUGGACGGAACACGGUGUGACAUUUAAUGCAAAUCUUUAUUCUCACCGUUGUAUGAAUGAGCAAGAUUCGAGCUUGCGAUCGGGAUUGCAAUUACGCGAGUCCACCGUCACUCAGAAUCAGAUCACUUUCGUGCAUCUACAAGGUAUCUGAGAAUCCACCCGUGAUGUCAAUUCCCCGAUCUCCGACGAGGCACAAACGAAACGCGAACGUGAGCACUACCAGCUAAACUAGCGGUCUCAAAUCUAUACACUUGAUGCGACACAAUGACACACGUUGCAUACGAUUAGCGUUGCUUAGAGCGUAAAUUAGAGUCUAGGCGUAAUCAUGUGACAUUAAGCGGAAAAAGAAAAAUGAAAAAAAAUGAAUUGCGCUCCUAGAUGAUUUGUCGAUGGUUGCUUUGAUGGUAUCGCACGAUUGCACGCGCGACAUCGUACACGUACAACAUACCUCGAGAUGGAUGGAGGUCCUUCCUCUUUCGCUUUCUUGAUCACGCGAAGUGUGCGUGCGACAGCGGGAACGAGAAUUCAGGAAGCAGAUCAUUCUUUAAUCGAGUUUGAAAGCGCGGUCACAGGAUAAUUAUAGUAUUAUAUUACAUAUUCAGAGAAAGAGCAAAGUAUGUGCAUCCGUAACAGCAGAUACUAACGAGAGACGCCGAACGAGAAGCUUUUAAAAGAAGUACUCAUGAGCCUCGCCUUAAUGUGAAAACAAAACUCAAAGAUGUCAAUGUGCAUUGUAAAGAAAAUAAAAAAUCAAGUAUCUCUGGGAAAUAAACUUUUCGUUGGUUAUUUAUUCUGUUUUUUUUUGCGUUUUUUGUUUCUGCCGUUUACAUUCUCGUGUGCGUGUGUAUGUGUGUAAAAUUGUGUUUUGUGUUUACUACUGUUUUACUGUAUAAUAACGAAUAUAAUAAUGUAACAAUGCAAGAGAUUUUCUGGUCGGUUCCGAGAUAAGUUCGAUAGGUUUAUCGCGUACGUUUCAGCACUAUACUGUGAAUUUCGUGAAUCUCGCACACACACACAUACACGUUCAUACAUACAAAACUGAUAAGACAUUUAUAAGUUUUACUUGUCGCGCUUAGAUAUCGGUUGUAAAUACACUGAAGAUUAUAUACGAAAAUAUACGAGGUACUCCAUUUUAUCACAUCAAUUCUUAAUAAUCAAUUAAUCUGACUCGUUUUGCACAAUGAUUUUUGUUUAACAAAGUUUUAGUGUAAAAUUUUAUGGAAAUAUUCAAUAUUGUACACUCGAAAACAUUUGAGAAUUUAAACAGAUCAUCAUCUGUGAUAUUGUGAGGAAGUUAAAAUUAGAAAUAGCAUCCAACGACAGUCAAAUCUAAAAACUCUUAUUUAAAAAAUGUCAUCUCAAUAUAUCUAUUUUUCCUCAGACUAUAUUUUUUUAGACACAUAAAAUUAUAUAUAAGUAUAUGUUGCAUGUAUCAUUAUUAUAAGCAUAGAGGAAUAAUUGUUGGAAUUUUGCAGUAAUCGAUGGAGCACCUCGCAUAUGUUACAACUCGAAAAGCCUGCGAGUACAUAAUGUAGUCUGCGUGUAAGAGACGUCUGUAGAGACGAGAAUAGCGAGACUCCACGCUGAAAAAAUCAUACGCUUGUUUAUUGCAUAAUAUGUACGCGCAUUCGUAGUAGAUAUAUUAGCGAUCGUUAACGUGCUAAAUGUGUAAAAAAAAAGAAAAAAAAAACAGGAAAAAGACCUCAAAGAGGAAAGGGAGAGGCAAACUCAAGCAAGCAGCGCAACAAGGAGACACAUACCUUCGGUAUACACAUUGUCAAUUAGAUUCAGACUGACUGCAGGGACUUGAACACGCAUAAAAAACAGUUCGAUGUUCUUCGAUGUUUAGCUAGAUAGAGUUGUCGUCAUCAUCGUCCUCGUUAACAAGCACGUCAUUAACACGAGUCGGCGUAAUUAAUACGAGCCAGUGACGUAAAGUGAUUUAGCGGCUAAUGGGACCCAUUUGACAUUAAAAGAUAUUCUAAUAUAUACACAUAUAUAUAUAUAUAUAUAUAUUAUUAUCAAGUCAGAAAGAGAGUAGGACAGUAUGUGUCCAAAAAUUCGUUUGAGAUCAAACAAGAGCAAAGCCGAUGUUGGUCCUAACACUGGAGUCAGCGCACAAAUUACUUCGGCCACGCUGCGAAAUCACGAAUAAUUAACCACUGUGUACGCUACGUUAUUGAUUGUAUUGUGCGUCUAUUCUACACGCAAUUAUGCAGCUAUUUGUAAGCGAAGAAUCCGUGUUCCUCGUUCGAAAAGUUCUGAAUGUUUUCCAUCACGAUGCUUUCGGACAAAUGCUAUUGCGUUUGCUUUUUGCGCUGUCGUACGAGCACAGCGGUCGUAAAGAAAAUUAAUUGAAAUUAACUGAGACUUGUGUGAUCGAUUCACCCUGCCUCUUGCUUAAUCUCCUCUUUCCUUUCGGAUCUCAAGGGAGAGGCAGGGGCGUCAUUCCAAGCAUCGGUGAACAUUUGGGGAGACGGUUCCUUGUUGCAUAAAUGUUUGAUCGGCUGUUAACGUAGGCAGACAUCCGUAGAACUGUUCGCAUACGAUCACAGGAAGCUAUUUGGUUCAAUAUGAAAAUCCGGAAUAUAAUUGAUGUGACGUUUGUAGCGAUUUCUGUGUUGAAAUUCCGAGUUCUAGUGACAACUAGCUGGCGCAGCGAGAUUCCGUUGUAAGCGGAGGAUGUAGACGGAACAAAGUUUCAUUGAACUCAGUGGCGACAUGCAGUUUCGAUAUGCGAGCACAUUUCGAUAUAAGAAAACUUGCAGUACAACAAUAUCGGCUCAGAGAUUUGACGCGACGCGAUGCGUUGUAAUGAGGUCUCCAUUGUGUGUUAUGGAAGCGCGAGACGUGCACGGCACGCUAGCAACUACUAAAAAUAAAUCCAGUUUGCGAAAUAAGGGGGAUUUAUGAUGUUUUGAGUCCAUGCGAUAUAUAUCCGCUGGAAGGGAGAACGAAUGCGCCAAUGUAUAUACAUUAUUCGAUUAAAUAUCAGUAUCCCAUAUAAAUAACUGCUGAACACCGCGUUAACAAUAGCGGUGCCAACCGAUUGUUCGUAUCGAGUUGUGAAAGGAGACAUUUCCUUUUGUCUGCCAAUUGUUUCAUUAAAACACGUCAAAACACACGCAUGUGAGAUGAUACUUGUGACGGUUGGAUGAAACUGAGAAAGCGGAUAUUUAGCGCAAAGCAUAUACAGUCUAGUUCUUUGAUAUGUUUCAUUUCACUGAAUUAAGUGCAGGAAACGAUAGUGAACUUUUCUUUAUAUCCCCGGCGCCGGAGAGGAAAUUUGCAUAGAAUCAGAUUAUGGAUAGAUAUUUAUGAUAUAAAAAGAAACAAAUGCAAAAUAUGUAACACA